AUGGGCGUCAGAACGGUUUAUAUUACUCUGCAGGCUUUUGACCUAGUAAAGAACAUCUUCACUGUCAGAGACACUCACGGAAACAUUAUUGAGUCUAUGAAGCAACUCCCUCUCAGCCGAGGAGAGGCAUUUAAACUCCAGGUCCAUUUCUACUCUGAGCAUGCAGGCCUCUAUGAACACUUACUGAUCUUUCAGUUGGAAACGCACCAGCAGGCCUCAGAAAAGUCUGAGAUCAUGCGCCUCUUAGAAAUUACGCAUCGGACAUCUUCUUGUGAGGAGCCCCUCUGUGCAGCCCCAAAGUCACUGUGCGACAACCGAACUGAGAAUCCAAAACCAAAUGGGACCCUGGAGAAGACACCUCUUAACUGGAAGAACUACGGCCAGAGGCUCCACCUGCUGCUGCAUCUGGAGGAGCUCCAGCAGAAGACAGACAUUGAGAAAUUCAACAAGGAAGACACAACGUUUAGACACAAAAGCAACAAAGACAUUUUUAUUCUGAAGGUUGCAGGUGACUCGAACUCCCCCCCAGAGAGGUUGUCCAGGAACUCUGUGCUGGUGUCUCCUCUAGACAGGUCGGCCUGUGGAAAGAAUGUUUUCAAAGGCCGGGUCGUCAGUGUGACUGCGGAGUGGGCCUACCUGCAGUUCAGUGAAGAGUGCCCGAGUGAUUUCAAGGAGGAUCAGAAGUUCCGUUUUAACUUCAUUAUCAACCGCACGCCACUGCGUACCCAGCACAGAGCAGUAGACCUGGUGUCCACGCACAGACUGAGGGAGGUGCUGUUUCCUACUGGACAACAUUCGUCGCACAGUUCAUGUCUACACAGGCUGUUAAAUCUUGAAGGCAACCCGGAGCAGCAACAGGCCAUUCAACACAUUGUAGCUGCAACAGCAAAGCCUGCCCCUUACCUGGUAUUUGGUCCGCCUGGCACAGGCAAAACAGUGACUCUGGUGGAAGCCAUCAGGCAGAUAGUGGAAACGCAGAAGUCGUGCAAGAUCCUGGCGUGUGCUCCUUCCAACAAUGCAGCCGAUCAUCUCUGCGAGAAGAUUCUGGAAGAAAAGAUUUGCAAGCAUGAGGUGUAUCGCUUGUACGCCCUAAGCUACCCAGUGAGAAACAUCCCUCAAACGAUUAAGGUUUGCUGCAACCUGAACCCCAAAACAGACACACUCAUGAUUCCCGCUAAAGGCACGUUGAUGAGGUGUAAGAUCCUGAUCACCAGCUUGAUAACUGCAGGAAGGCUAGUGACAGGAGGGAUUCCUCCACAUCAUUACACCUAUAUCUUUGUGGAUGAGGCAGGGCAGGCUGCAGAAACAGAGUGUAUCAUCCCUCUAGCAGGUUUAGUGAAACCGCAGCAAUGCCAGGUGGUGCUGGCUGGAGACCCUAAACAGUUAGGCCCCAUCAUCACAUCCAGAGUGGCUGAGAAACAUGGCCUGGGUGUGUCUCUGUUGGAGCGUCUGAUGAACGACAACAAUCUUUACAAGCCACAUGAGCAGGACGGGUUUGACAACCGCUUUGUAACAAAGCUACUGAGGAACUACAGGUCCCAUCCUGCAAUCCUGAAAAUUCCUAAUGAGCUCUUUUAUAACGGAGAACUUCAGCCAUAUGCUCCUAAAGCCGCAUACAGAUCCUACCUCAAAUGGGAACACCUGCCCAAGAAAGGUUUCCCUUUGAUCUUCCAUGGAGUAGCAGGCACUGACGAACGCGACGCCAACAGUCCCUCUGUGUACAACAUGGCAGAGGUGGAGGUGCUGAAGGAAUACUUAAAAGCGCUUGUUGAGCAUCUUCGCAAAAACGGUGUGACCAGAAUUGAACCAGGAGAAAUUGGCAUCAUCACACCGUACAGAAAACAAGUGGAGAAAAUCCAGAAAGCCCUUCGGACCGACAAAGAUCUCCGAAAGGAAAACUUGGAAAAUGUGUUGGUUGGUUCAGUGGAGCAGUUUCAGGGGAAAGAGUUCAACGUGAUUCUGGUGUCUGCCGUGCGCAGCAAUCUCAAGCUGACUGCAAAAAAGCAACGAUUCACUAUAGGCUUUCUUGAUAAUGAGAAGCGGUUUAAUGUGGCAAUGACCCGAGCACGAGCCCUGCUGAUUGUGAUUGGAGACCCCCGAGUCUUGAGAACUGACUACAUCUGGAACAAAUUAAUCCAUUACUGCUUCACAAAAGGGGGUUACCGUGGCAUUACAAUGUGUGAUGCGAAGGAAGAGGAAGAUACACAGACUAACGUGCACACCCAGCCUCUGGGUAGAGGAGGGCAGCUGGACCCCUGUUGAAAGAACCAGCAGACCUCGCACACUCAUCUUGAGGGAAAAAAAGAAAGAAUAAAAAAGUGGC